UAACUGUUAAAAACAGAAACAAAUCUAAAAAAAAACAGAAACAAAUCUUGUUUCCUGUCCGUCAAAGCAAAGCAUCACCGGUGUCUACUAGUACUACUAUUAAAAUCUGCAAAUCUAAAACUGACAAAGUUCAUUCCCCAUACUACCCUUACCUGUUCACUUUAAUUAUUCACUCAAGUACAACUGCGCCGCGUCUUUAACUCAAGGUCCACACAGUAAUUUCACCACCCUUACUUCUACAAUAAUUCAUUCAUCACCAUUCAUUUUACACGACACCGUUUCACCCCACUCAUCGCCACCGUCGUCGUUUCAGUUUCACCUCGACAUCAUCGCCUCUCUCUCACAAAAUUGAUUUCCAAUUUUACCCCUCACAAGUUCUCCAAUUUCCAAUUCUCACUAACAACGGUUCAAUUUUCGAUCGUCGUUGGAAUGAAGCCCUAAAAAUCAUUCAAUUAGGGUUUUUGCGUGUUUCGGGAAUUGAAGGUUUUGAUUCUUUCGAUAAUGGCGGAUCGAGGAGAAGACGAGGAUUUGCAAAUGGCGAUUCGGAUGAGUAUGACGCCGGAGCCGAAGCGCAAUAAGCCGAGGGAUGAAGUGGCCGGUGUGAUUUCGGGGUUGCCGGAGGAUUCUCCGGAAUCUAAGACACGGAGACGGGAACUUAUGGCAGCGGCUGCUGAGAAGCGGAUGGCAUCGAUCAUUCGGGUUUCGCCUUCGGCCUCGUCCCCGGCAACUAAAGGAGUAAAGAAGGAGGCUGAAGUUGUAAAGAGAGUGGAGGAAUUGCCUCUCAGACAUGAGAGUUUGAGUAAGGAGCUUUCCGCGGAAGAAGCUAAUAAAUUAUUUGUAAUGGUGUUUGGAAGUGAAGUUUCAAAGGAUAUUCUAGCACAGUGGUGUAACCAAGGAAUAAGGUUUAGCUCUGAUCCUGAAACAUCAAUGGGCCUAGUGCAGCAUGAAGGAGGCCCCUGCGGCGUUUUGGCAGCUAUACAAGCAUUUGUGUUCAAAUACAUUAUUUUCUUCAGUGAUGAAUUGAAAGAAUCGCCACGCAUGCCACAAAAUCGGGGUCUAGGUGCUUCAAGUAAAAGUCACUCUGUUCCAUCAUAUAAUAUUUCUUCACUCACUGAAGGUGUAAAAGUAAGAGCCCUUGUAAGAAGUAUGGGUGAAAUUUUGUUUUUAUGUGGAAAUAAUAAAAGGGCUGUGAUUGCAACUUUGAGCAUUCCAGAGAAUGAUAUUCAACGUUUUGAAGGAAUCUCAGAGGAAGAGGUUAUUGCAAGCUCACUUAAAGCUCUUUCUAUUGAAUCUGCCUUGGAUCUGCUGAAAGUUCUUAGAGUUGAAACACACACAUCAGAAACAACUGCUUUCCAGAGGCUUGAAGCACUUAUUCCUGUAUUUCAAAGUCGUAUGGGGGCAUUGCUUUUCCUAAUCUCUGCUUUACUUUCUCGUGGAUUGGAUUUGGUUCAAAGUGACAGGGAUGAUCCCAGCCUACCGCUGGUUACUGCUCCUUUUGGCCAUGCCUCCCAGGAAAUUGUAAACCUACUACUCUGCGGGCAGGCUGUCCCUAAUGUAUUUGAUGGAAGGAUGGAUUUAGGUGGGGGGAUGUUUCUGAAAGGUAUAGCCCGAAACGUGGAAGUUGGAUUUCUCACCCUGCUAGAAUCCCUGAAUUUUUGCAAGGUUGGUCAGUUUCUGAAAACCCCAAAAUGGCCAAUAUGGGUUGUUGGGAGUGAAUCCCAUUACACAGUGUUGUUUGCUCUUGAUCCCAGUGUUCAAAAUGAGAAUGAACUUGAAGGAAGGGAAACACAGAUUCGCAGAGCUUUUGAUGCACAAGAUCAAAGUGGAGGUGGUGGCUUCAUUAGUGUGGAGGGGUUCCAUCAAGUCAUCAGAGAAACAAAUAUCAAACUUCCGGCAGAUAAGCUAGAUAACCUUUGCAGUGCAGGGUUCAUUGUAUGGAGUGAAUUCUGGCAGGUAAUUUUGGACCUAGACAAAAGCUUGGGAGGUUUGAAAGAUUCAUCAGGAUUAAUGGGUAAGAAGGUCUUUGAUCUUUUCCAUUUUAAUGGGAUUGCUAAAUCAGAUUUGAAUGGAAGUCAAGUAAAUGUUGGGGGUGAAACUCCACUGCAAAGACCCAGGCUCACAAAAUUAAGCGUCUCGGUUCCCCCAAGGUGGACGCCUGAGGAGUUUAUGGCAGAUGUGCAAGGUCCAUCUGCUUCUGGUGCAAGUGACUCUGCUGGGAAAGACACUGAGGUAUCAAAACCAGAGCCUGUCCAGCAUGCACCUUUGGUUGACUGCAUAAGGACACGCUGGCCCCGUGCUGUCUGCAGCUGGUCAGGUGAUCCUCCUAGUAUAGUCUGAAAGACUAUAUUUGGAGUAAUUUCGUCUGCUUAAAUGGGUUGAGCUGUGAAGAGGAUAACACAAUUGGUUCAGCAAAGCCAUCAUGAAACAAGGUCAUGAAGAUUUCAUGUUUUACUUUGAUAUAUUGUUCCUCAAGGCACAUGAAAAUAAGGAGGGGUUCAAAUCUCCGGAUUCUCUCCAAUAUUUGUGCAGCCAAUAUAUGAUGUGGAUUAUUGUAUUUUCAAUUUUCUCUUCGAUUUUGUCAUGACAUUCAAAGAGUACGGGGAAGGAGGGGGCGUGUAAAAUUAAUUUAAAUGUAAUAUCGUGAAUUAGGAAGGAUCUUAGUUGUUGGUUUUUUUUUAAUUAAUAAACGUGGAUCCUAUUUUUAUUUAUAAAUUUGUUGUAAUAUAGUAUAUUAUCGAGCUUGGCUUCCGAGUAGAGGAAAAUGUGUAUUUCAUAAUAA